GUCUCGCGAGACAUCCGGGCUUUGAUCCGAUUCUUUCUCCCUUCCGUUGCGUAAUGACGACAGUGUGGGCAAGUGAAGCAAGAACGGUGCUGUCAUUGGCUGGGAAAGACGCGGUGGGACAAGGGGAAGCUGUCGCCGAAGGGUCUCGCCUCCAGUGAGUCCUGGACAUUUUAGCCCUUCUUUGUGAGCUGGGUGCUGUUUUUAUUGCUUUGAAAACUGAUAGGCCUGUCUCCAUUGUUGGGUGAUAUCUGAAAUGGUUCUGCUCCAUGUGAAACAUGGUGAUGAGAGCCAGUUCCUGCUAGAGACACUGGGCUCCACUUCCAUAGAGGAUUUAACACAAGAAGUGACCAAGAUCUACAAUGGAAGGCUCAAAGUUCAUCGUAUUUGUGCAGAAAUUGAUACGCUGGCAGAACACGGCAUUUUUUUACCUCCUAACAUGCAAGGCCUGACUGAUGAGCAAAUUGAAGAGCUGAAGCUGAAGGAUGAAUGGGCAGAAAAAUGUAUUCCAAGUGGUGGAAGUGUCUUUAAAAAAGAUGAUGUGGGACGAAGAAAUGGCCAUGCUCCAAGUGAAAAAAUGAAACAAGUUUUAAAAGCAACAGUCGAAGAAGCGAAGGCACUAAUAAGUAAGAAACAAGUUCAAGCUAAUAUGUGUGUUAAUAUGGGUAUGGUGAAAGAUGCACUGGACCAACUCCGAGGAGCUGUCAUGAUUGUUUAUCCAAUGGGACUUCCUCCAUAUGACCCGAUUAGAAUGGAGUUUGAAGAUAAAGAAGACUUGUCAGGAACUCAUGCUGCACUUGAGGUUAUUGAGGAACCAGAUGCACAAUUGUGGUGGGCAGCAAAGGAGCUGAAAAGAACAAACAAGCUUUCUGACUACGUGGGCAAAAAUGAGAAAACCAAAAUUAUUGUCAAGAUACAGAAAAAAGGACAGGGAGCCCCCGCACGGGAGCCUAUCAUAAGCAACGAAGAGCACAAACAAAUGAUGCUUUUUUAUCACAGAAGGCAAGAAGAACUCAAGAAAUUAGAAGAAAAUGAUGAUGAUUCAUGUUUAGACUCUGAAUGGGCUGACAGUCAUGCCUUGAAAAGACAGUUUCAUGGUGUUAAGGACAUUAAAUGGAGACCAAGAUGAAGCACCUUAUACAAAUGUUUCUCUUUGUGCACUAUAAAUUUAACUGCUGAGAAAACUGAUGCAAAAUUUCUGCAUUAUAAUUUGCAUGAAAUAGUACAUUUUCGUUCUCUAGUAGCAAUUUGUUAUUAACUUAAGUUUGGGCGCAAAAUAUCUUCAAAUUCUUGUGCACAGGCUACCCUUUAGCAGUAGAAGACCAAGGGUUGGUUGGUUGGUUGGGUGUGUGUGUGUUGUAAUUCUGUUUUAAUAGAUUUACAGAUCAAAUGUUUAUCUUUUAAACUAGUUCAUGGAUGACUAUAAUAUUAAAUAGAUCUUUUAUUCUA